UAAUAAUCACUACGAGCCUAAAGUAUUUGCGCUCAGUCCCGCUAGGGUUCGAGUGUCAACAAAUUCGCGCCUGGCCGUCUGGCCGAGCAGCGCCCCGCUUCACAUGUGAACUUUAUGGACAGGACUGUAUUAUUUAUCCCAGGUGGUGACAGUUGCAUAGAUUGUACAUCCUGGAUCUGUAGACUUAAUUUUCUACAAGAUUAUUAGAUGUGAGGCUGGGACAUACUUUCUGAAGCAGCACUGCUCUUUAUACAUGCAUAAGAAACCACAUUCCAAAGUACCGUUGUACCCCCACACCUUGUGAAUAUGGAUAACAGGGAAUCAUCUACUGAAAAGAAGAGCAGCACAAUAAACAUGACUGUGGCUUCACCCUUCCAUGCUAUGCUGCAGCCAGACCCUGCCAUCUCUCUUAACAGUCUUGAGAAUGAGGGAAGGGACUUAACGCUUAAGGAAAUUUUGGAUCUGGGGGAUGACAGCCUAGGACUAAAGGUUCUCCUCACAGCCAAGCAAGGCUCCUGGCUUGGUGUGAUCAACACAAUUUUGACAACAUGUGGGAAGAUCUCUCUGGAAAAGGUUAGUAAUCCUAAGACAGGGAAGAAAAAGCUUGGUCUCCGCACCUUCUUCUUCCAUGAUGUACUCAACAUCAAGGUGCUGGGGGAGGACCGGGAGGCCAGGCGGAGACUCCUUAAGGAUAUAUAUUUUGAAAAGCAACAGGGGAAGAAACUGCUGAGGAAGAAACUACUGCCUAUGGACCUGCAGGAGAAGUGUUGCAGCAACAUCCCUGAGGAGGAAGUGGUGCCAGGCUUGAUACAACAGCUGGUGUCUGAGGAAGCCCCUGAGGAGAAGUCAAGUCCAGCACUUUCACCUCCAAGCCCUGCAAGACUCCCUCGCCCCUCUAAGUGGGUUAUAAUUGAUGUCGUUGAUGAUUCAUACAAAAAGGCACUUUCUAUGAUUUGGAAGGAAAUGGUCAUUUCUCUUGGCAUUACUGGACUAGGAGUGGGCAGAUCUGGCACCCUGGUGUGGUUGUCUGUUGCCACUUCCAGUGUGAUCUUUCAUUUUGAUGUAGCCAAGAUUGGAGUGUCAGAAGUGAUGGAGGGAGGCCUUGGAAUGGUCCUGCAAGAUAGCAAGAUGGUGAAAGUGGUGCAUGACUGUCGGGCCCUGGAAGACCUUCUCCAUCACCAGCUGAACCUUAACCUCUGCAAUGUGUUUGACACCCAGGCUGCUGAGAUUUAUCUUCACUUACUAAACCACCAAGGAUCUGUGCCACUGCUUGUGCCCACCCUGUCCUCCCUGCUGACAAAGCAUCUCAGCUUGAAUAUUCAUCACCUCUUCCCUGAUAGACAGGAGUACUCCAAGGUUGAUGAUUCCUUGUGGCUGGAGCGGCCUCUGGCAGAGUCUCUUGGAGAACGUUUAGCUAGAGAUGUCAUGUACUUAAGAGAGUUGCGUCUAGAGCAACUGGACAUGAUACUGGUGGACUUGAGGCAGAUCUUUGAGGUGUACCUGGGAGCCAUGAGGGAUAAAGACUCACUCACUGUCAGUCAGCUAGAGCCACAGGUAGUCCCAGCAGAGGUGCAGAGGCUGGGCAAACAGUCAGUGGUGAGUGUCAAGGAAGGUGGCUUGCCAUUCAUACAGUAUUCCAAAGGUGCUCCAAAUCCUAGGCUGUGGAGGAAGUAAUUUUUCCAAGUGAGUGAACUUCCUCAUUUAUUGCAAGUGUUCAUCUUGACAGAUGUGAAAGUUUCCCUUAGGUGUUGGUGAUUUUGGGAGCCUGUACUUUGGUCCCUGUACUUGUCUUUCAUAUGUGGUAGUGAAAAUGGGAAUUUAUGAGGAUUUUAGUACCUGUUGAGUCAUGAGUACUGAAUGUGGGGUCAAGAAUGGUGCUGAAAAUGAAGUGCCUUGGAACAGUUUAACAUAUGAGGCAUUUUGUUAGAGUAAGGAACAAUAUGGUUAGAGAAAUGUGUUUAUUAUUUAUGAGUUGAUCAUGUUUGUUUAAUGUGUUAAGAUAUUUUCAUAUAUUUUUUUUCACUUAUUUAGUCAUGUGGGAACAGGACAGAUGCAGUUUGUACAAGUAGGGAGCCAAAUGUAGAAGAAAGACUGAUUUUUCCUUUCAGUCACUCAUAUUAUGAUGUGCUGUGUAUAUAUUUAUAUAUGGAUAGCUAUUUAUUUACUCUCCAUGUUUCUGAUCUCGGGAAUAUGAACAGAAUUUACAGAUCAAAAUCUAUUAAGAUAUGUUUAUUUACUUUCCAUGUUUCUGGUUACAGGAAUAUAAACAAAAGUUACAGAUCCAAAUAUGUAAAGAUGAUUUACUUUUCAUGUUUCUGGUCUCAUGAAUAUGACCAUGAUUUAUUUUCCAAAAACCUUCUCUAAGUUCAGAAGUGUUUUCAUGUGUUUAUGGAUUUCUUAAA